AUGGCCACCGGCGCGGCUGCGCCCUUCGCGGCGCGAUGCGCGACCCCGUCGCCCUCCACCGCCAACUGGCGUCACGCGCUCCACCGCCCGUCGCGACGCCCAUCGUCGUCGUCGUCGAGCGGCAUCCCUCGGGCGGCCGCGAGGAUGGCGUGGGAGUCUGCGGAUCCGCUGGUUAGGUACCGCACGUUCGAGGAGAUCGAGACGGACCUGCCGCACCCCAUGAGCGACCACGUCCCGAUGCACAUGUUCGCGUGCGAGUGCGACUGCGACGGCGUCAAGGUGAGGCUCGUGCUCCCCGAGUCCGAGGACCUCGUCGUGGACGUCUACAGCGCGCUGGGAAAGCCCAACGACGACCCGCACUGGGCGGACCUGUGGCACGGCUCCGUCGCCCUCGCCGCCGCCAUCUUCGCCAACCCCGACGUCGUCCGCGGCAAGCGCGUCGUCGACCUGGGAUGCGGCCUCGGCCUCGGCGGCAUCGCGGCGGCCAUGUGCGGCGCGAAAGAGGUGGUCAUGACGGACAGGGAGGAACGAGCGCUGUGGUGUUCCCUCGCGGGUUGCGUCGCAAACGGAAUCGAAAACGUCGCACCGCUGACCGGCGAGAGCAACGAACCGGACGGCGUGCCUCUGCCGCCGCUGCCGACGCAGUUUCCGUGCUCCGACAUCCGCGCGCACCCGUCGAAGUGCGCGGUUUCCGCGGCGAAAGUGGAUUGGUUCGAGCCGGACGCCGCGCCGAGCGGAUUCGACGUCGUCCUCGCGUGCGACGUGUUGUACACGCCAGAGGCUGUGGACGCCAUCGCGACGCUGGUGCUGCGACUGUUCGACGGGAACGAACGCGGGGGCGCGGGACGGUUCGUGCUCGCGGAUCCGCCCGGUCGUUUCCCGGAGAACCACGCGCGGUUCAUGGCGCUGAUGGAGGACCCGACGAAGAUCCCGGGGUGGAUCCCUCCGGUUGGCGGGUCGGAUGGGGCGGGUGCACAAGGGCGAUCGGGGCGGGGGCUGGUGAGCGUCGAGACGGAGCUGAGGGAGUGCGUCAACCUCGAGGAGGUGACGAUGGCUGUGAAGCUCAGCACGUACGACGUGGUGGUGGAGGCGGGCGGCGAAUGA